AACCAGCAAUGCUGUCGGUUGGAGUCGUCCUCCCCGUUUCUUUAACUCUGCUAUUUGUGCUGCUUGUUCGGUUUAUCCAAGCCAGAAAGGAUCCUGCUAGAAAAAUACGAUGCGCGCCCUGGUCUGAUGCACACUGGCUCUGGGGUCACGAAUUCAUCGAAUGGCAAAACGAAAUUGGGAAAAUGUAUUCUAAAUGGGCUAUGGCUCUCGGACCUGUGUAUAGAAUCAAGGCGUCCUUCUUCAAACGUGACAUUAUUAUUGCCACAGAUAAUUUUGCUGUGCAUCAUAUUCAUGCAAAUACUUACCGAUAUCCCAAGGCGCCCGAGUUCUUACCUAUAGUGGAAAGCCAACUUGGAAAAGGUAUAGUAUAUGUUUCGGGUGACGAGCAUAGACGUCAACGCAGACUUCUCGCGCCAGCCUUCACGUGAGCCCAGAGUCUGUUGCUACCUUGGCAGAUUUCAUACAUAUUUUCAGUCUCGGCGCUGUGAAAGGAAUGUCUGAUGAUGUUGUCGAAUGCACCCAGAGGCUCGUACAACGAGUCGCAAAACAUGUUACAUCGC